CUGCAGUUUUCUGUGUUAACCUGGUGCAAAGAAGCAAUGGAUUCGGAGACUACAGGUUCAGAGGGUUCCUCUGGAGUGAGAAUAGUGACUCGUAAAUCACUCUUCGAUAAGAUGAAGAAUGAAAAUUUACGUAAUUUAGAAGAAAAGCUAUGUUUUUUGAGAGACCACCUUUUAACUCAAGACAACCUUAGUGAAAAAGAUGGUGUUAUAGUUCACGCAGCUCAAGUUGAACUGAGAAAAUCGGGAAAACGUGAUGCUUCCCGCGUUCUCCAAGAUAUAACAAGCUCUCCGACGCGUGCAACGAAGUACAAAAAAGCUUUCGAUACCUCUAAGUGUGGAAAAUCAUCGCGUCUAACCCCCAUGGAAGCUUUAAAAAUGUUUAUAGAUGCAGAUUUAACACGAGCACAGUAUGAAGUUAUAAGAAACACGAACAAGAAGUUUUUCCCGUGUUAUAGCCUAAUUCAAGAAGCCAAAAAGAAAUGUUAUCCUCCUCCAGAAACGAUCACGAUAACGAGUACCUGCGCGGAAACCCAACUGCAACCAUUAAUUGAUAUUACUGUUAAGCGCUUAUCGGAAUUCUUAGAAGAAGUCUUAUUGACAAUAAAAGAGCAAGAGCGGAACACUUUGAAGUUGAUAUGUAAAUGGGGCUGCGAUGGAUCCCAACAAGCACAGUACAAACAAAAACUUCAAAAUGAGGCUGACUCUGAUGCAAAUAUUUUUCAAAGCUGCUUUGUACCUGUGCGACUUAUUUGCGGUAAGGACAAUCAAAAGGUGUUAUGGGAAAAUCCAACACCUUCAUCUGCCCGAUUUUGUCGUCCAAUAAGAUUUCGCUUCGUCAAAGAGACAACUGAUGUAACAAAUGCAGAGAUCAAUUAUGUUAAAAAUUCCAUUAAUAAUUUGGUUGCGACUGAGGUGGAUAUUGACGGAGAAAAGUUUUUGGUGCAUUCCCAAUUUGUAAUGACAAUGGUAGAUGGAAAGGAACUAACAAUGUUAGCCGUUUUAAAAUUUCUACCACCAUUGAUAAGUUUUGUGUUUGAGAAUUAUGCUUCAAAUGAGAAUCGUAACGCCUUGUGA